AUGCUGUGCUGUGGAGACCGCGAGAAGGGCGAUGUCGCCAUGGAGGAGAAAUGGGACUACGUGAACUUGGACGACUUUAAAUCCGAGUCUUGCUGGACACCAUUCUCAUAUUUUUUCUUAUGGGUGUUCCUCUUUAUCUCGAUUGCAGUAUACGGUGUUGAUACAUUCACCGCAGUCAACUUGCUGGCUUUCUCUCGAUGGUCCGGCAGGGUUGAACCCGCCAUUCCCUUCAACAUCUCCCGCUGGAUCUUCGCUGCUUGUAUCAUUGCUUCCUUCGUUCUUUUGGCCUACCGAUGGAUACAUGCUGUCCGCGCUAUCCGCUCGGGCAGUAUUACUCGCAGCUUUCUCGACCCGCUGGCUGUGCGCAUUCAGAGUAUUCGUUUCGGCAAGAAGGGUCGUGGAUACAGGCGAUUCCUCGUCUUCGCUGAAUUAACGAAAGACAGGAAAGCAGCAGAAUAUGUCGCCCUUUAUGCAUACUUCUCUUUCCAGUUCUGGAUGAACACGAUCUUCGCAGAUGGCCCGCGUCAAGUUCUCAACGGCAUCACCCUAUAUUCGGUCAUGCAGAUGGACCUCCUUCCUGGCGGUAAGAAUACACACGAUGACGGAACAUCUGGAGCCAGUCAAUUCUUCAACAACGUAAAGAUUCUGGCCGAGGAAAACAACCUUCAAGCUGUAGUCUUGUUUGGUAUGCUUUUCACUCUGGUCAUUUGGGUUCUAUCAGUCCUCAAGUUGAUAUCGGCGAUCGUACUCUAUUUGAUCUUCCUCUUCCACCAUAUCCCAGCGGAAGAUGGUACUCUUUCAAGGUACUGCCGUCGAAAGGUUGGCCAACGGCUGAAGCGCAUUGUGCAUCGCAAAAAUACCAAGGCCCUGGCAAAAGGACUCAAAUUACAGAAUCGAGCACCCACCCAGCCAAUGCUGGCAGCGGAUUCAAACCCGACCCUACCGUCUAUCGCCGGAGAUAAAGCUCCCGCAGUGGCUACAUUGUCGCGAAGUACCACCCAGACGACUUUGCCGCCUUACUCACGGUCGACUUCCUCGACAGCGCUGGGGCAAAACCCGACACUGCCGAAUCUGGGCUAUGAUGCCAAACCAACCCUGGCUCGAGUUGGAACUUCGUCUUCAGGAUUGUCCGAGUCCGCUUCACUGACAGGAAAUGCGGCCGGAAUGGGAUACACCCCUCUUGAUCGCCAGAACCCGACACUUCCACCGGUCCCUCCCUUGCCGGCUAACGUUCCAUCAAGGAUGGCCACUCCUCUCUCUCGACCGGCUCCUGAGCCAUAUGAUCAUGAUAUUAGCCAUAGUCCCGGCCCUGGAUAUCGCAAUUUGACCGAUAGUUCUGAUUCUCGGCCAUACCAGAGCCACACCCCAGCGCCCGAUUAUGCUUCGGCUGAUAUAAACGGUUCCAAUAAUCACGAUUAUUUCAACCGUGAACAUGCGCCUGCUCCCUACGACCCCUACGGUCCUCCGAGGGCUGCAUACGGCAGGGAAGACGGAUAUGGACCAAGAUACGGGACCCCCGGUAGCCAGAGAGGCGCACCUCGCGCACAGCGAGAAUACUAUCCACAGGAUCCAUAUUCAACAGAUCCAUAUUCAACAAGGUCUCAUACGCCGGCCAGCACUGGUGCGACGCCCGCUCCCUAUCGGUCCGAAACCCCGGCGAGCUACCGACCCACACCUCCCCCACAAGCUGCCGCAUUGGCACAGCCUCCAACAAGGACAUUCACUCCAGUGAGCUCGGCAACUCCACCUCCUCAAAAUGGUGGCUAUGCAGCUUUCAACCCAUCAAUGGGUCAUCAAACACCGCAGUCCCGUUCCCAGGCGCCUCCUGGUCCGUCUAGCUAUACCAGAGCAAACACCGCUUCGCCCUCAGCCAUGCAUCGGGCUCCCCCAGGGCACACAUUCAAUCGCUCAAAUACCCACCAAUAUUGA